AUGGAUCAAAAAUUAGAAUUGUUGAUCUUGCAUGCUAAUACACUUGCAACCACAUUAGUCGGGAUCAGCGACUCGAACGGACACGUGCGACAACGAUGCCUCAACUUUGCUGCCGAAAUCAAAGCGUUUGUGAAAGCAUGGAGCAACCUGUCGACCGCGUUACACGACCCGCAAUUACAAGCACGACCUGCAUUCACCAAAAUCGUUGAGCGCUUGCUCAUCGACAAUACCAGAAUUGUUGGCGAUUUGCGCAGUCAGCUUGCGGAAGUCAAGAACAAGCAACAAGCCUACGAUGCGGCUUUCCGAAACAAGCGAUGGAUACCUGGUGGGAAACACAAAAGUGCACAUCUGGUGGUGACCUUUUUGACUCGUGAGACGACGAUUUUGCGCCAGCAACAGAUUAUCUAUGCGAAUUCUGUGCUCGAUGUCAUUCUGGGUGUUGCCUUCCAUGCUAAGACGUUAGGCAUAGUUCCUGCCACACCACAAGAUGCACAAGCUGCAAUUCGAGAUCAGCUCGCACGUCUUCGAGCGGAAAGCGAAGCAAAAGCUCUGGUCUUUCGGGAAGAGCGCAGGUUGGGCGACAAACUCAUUGUAUCUAGCCUCUGGCUCAGCACGGUUACGUGGCAUGCCGAUGCAGCUCAACAAGCGCCCUUCGAAACGCUUGCCCUUCAGUGGUUCAAAGUUGUGCCAGAAGAGGCCAUGAACGUCGAACACGAAGAUGCAACUGCAAAUCGUGCCGACACUCGAAAGCUGACGCGCAUGUUUAUGCAGCUACAACGAGACAUUCACGAACAAGCACAAAACCAUGCAAGUCAAGUCACCGAAUACCAAACCCGACAUGACUGGGCUGAAAGCAAUAUUCGCCAACUUGAGCUCAACCAAGCUCGGACGGCUCGUGAUGCAAAAGCUCAGAUCGAAGGGCUCACAUCUAGACUCGAGAUCCAACAGCAAAAAAUAGACACUGACGCUACCACUAUCUCCAAGCUCGAAUUUGCUCGCAAGUCGUGGUCGGCACAUUAUCAAAAGCAGUCCGAAAAGCUUCAGCAGCUGGAAGCAGGAAUGAAGAGCUUGAAACAGGAGACGACACAACAACAAGCACGGCUAGAAAACCUACAGCAGAAGUACGACAAGUUGCUCAAUCAGAAUCAGACUCUGCGUCAUCGUCUUGAGCAAUCAGAAUUCGAGAAGGAGGCUUUGGCGGAGAAGUUGGACAAUCUACAAGUCAAACACUCGGAGACAGUUCGCGAGAACAAACAGUGGAAGGCAUAUUACGCAACGAACAAAGACAAAGUGCACGACAACAGUCGUGAUGCACAAAUCAGAAAGCUGAGGCAGGAAAUUCAGAUCGCAAAGGACGAGAUUCACAGUUUGAAAACAGACUUGGCCAACGCAGAAGGCAGCAGAGAUCAACUUCGCGACAGUCUUAGCCACGUCGAGUCAGAGAGAGAUGAGCAGAAACACAGGGCGGAUCAUUACAAGGAGCGAUUGAGCACCGGAAUGCCACGGCGAGAAUGUCCAAACAGCUUCGAGAUGAGACAGAGUCGGCGACACAUUCGUGGCCAGAGGCGAAGCGAUGGCGCUUGGAGUACGACUGGCACCACCACGUCUUCAGGGUCCCGAGCAACGUCUAGGGACAGGCACUCGAGAACCUCGAGCUCGACUUAUGUUGGCGAUGAAGACAGUGAUCGUGAAUAUUACGACAAGAGGGCAUCGAGUAGGAGGAGGAGUAGCAGUACCAGUAGGCCGAGCCGGAUCGAAGCUUGGCUCUCACCUAAACAAGUGCACAGGGAGAAGGCACUGGCAUGA